AGCAGGCUCACUCGCAGCUACCUCCCCCUGGCUAGUCGCUUCGCAGAGCGGGAUCCUCCUGCCUUCAGUCCUACCAGUUAUAGCGCAGAGACACCCGCGGUAGAGCCGCCAGCCAGGCCGGGCCAGCAUGUCCGGUACCAAAUACAUAGACGCGGAGGGCUUUCUGUACACGGCGCCCAUCAGGGAGCAGGGCAACAUCUACAAGCCCAACAACAAGAUGAUGGCAGAUGAGCUGAGCGAAAAAGCGGUGCACGACGUGCACACGAAAGAGAUCGACCUGGUCAACCGGGACCCCAAGCACCUCAACGACGACGUGGUCAAGAUUGAUUUUGAAGAUGUGAUUGCUGAGCCAGAGGGAACACACAGCUUUGAUGGGAUUUGGAAGGCCAGUUUUACCACCUUCACUGUAACAAAAUACUGGUUUUAUCGUUUGCUCUCAGCAAUCCUUGGCAUUCCUAUGGCUCUCAUCUGGGGCAUCUACUUUGCCAUUUUGUCAUUCCUGCACAUCUGGGCGGUGGUGCCAUGCAUAAGGAGCUACCUGAUUGAGAUCCAGUGCAUUAGCCGCGUCUAUUCGAUCUGCAUCCACACAUUCUGCGACCCACUGUUUGAGGCCAUAGGCAAAAUGUUCAGCAACAUCCGAGCCACAGUACAGAAAGAGAUUUGAGGGACAUUUCAAGGGGAGCCUACAGCCUAGAAAGCGGGUGGGGUUUUUUUGUUGUUUGAAGUGUUUUGGUGCCAGUUUCUAGUUUCCCAAAGCAACAUACAGCAACUUGUGGUGGAGAUACUGGCCCAAAACAGUCACUUGCUCAGUUUCUUUUUCUACUGUUUAUUCUUACUGGACUACUUGCUUCUUUGAUUUUUUUUUUUUCCUUCCCCCACACCCCCUUCAGUCUGCAUUUCAAGCUAACCUUAAAUGGCUGCUCUUCCAUGCCAGCUAUGUAUCAUUUUGCUGGCUAUUCAGUUCAGAGACUGAAAUGUUGUUGAAUGCCUUUUUAUCUCAUCCUUCAUUCCUUGUGAGAUAAAUCCACAGUGAUACUGAAGAACGACACAAAUGCUUUCCAACACUGUAAAGCCAUUCAUUUUAUUGUGGCCAAAGAGUGCAGAGCUAUUGCAGCAGAAUAAACGUGACCAGCUGGCAGGUUUUAGCAGAAUGUUCUUUUUCAAUUGGAUUGUCAGUUGACUGCAGCUAUUUACAGUCAUGGUUAGAUAUGGUGCACUAUGGAUAAGUUAGUUAAGCAAAGAAGUCACUGAAUUGAUGUAUGUACCAAAAAUCUAACACUUUUAUCACGUUGGAGACAAUGACAGGUGAAAGUUUUCAUGUGCAUAAAAAGUUUCAAUCAGUGCUUUUCUGUCUCAUUCUGUCUUAGAAGUUUGCAUCUGGUCAUUUCUCAACCUUCCCUAGGUUUGCAGAAGCAAACUGUAGUUGAGACUAAAACUGGUCGUUAGGGAAGUGUUUUCCUGACUGUGACUUAGAACACACCCCUUAGCAAGUAUUUAGGUGCUUCUCUCAUAGGCUUUUUGGUUGUUUUUUGCAAACUAUUCAUAUAAAUACGUAUCACAGGUAUGCCAGAGAUAACCCUGACUUACAAGAAAAAUUAAGGUGUGCCAAACCCAAGCUACAUGAGGCCAAGGAGGAGAUACCCCUGAGAUUAACUUUUCUGUCAGCUUUCAAAAUUUCCCUAUCAGCCAAAGUCAUCAUGCCACAAGCACACAGAUUAUUUUUCAGGAGAAUUGAUGCUUUGCUGAGUCUAAACUAAUCCAACACAAGAUAGUUUAUAAACUUUGCAUUUGUGCAUUGGUUUGUUAGUUUUUAAGCUGAGCUGCUACAUCAGGAAGUCUUAAACAGAGGGUAUUGUGUAAAACUACCAUGUUGCAAAGUGCAAGGCCUAGAAAGCAAAGCCUUUGUGACGUGUUCUGAUGCUGUGACCUGCAGGAGCUUUUUGCCCUCGUGAUAGUACUGUGUUCAGGGAUGCACUUUGUAUCCUCAUGCAAUUUGCAUGAAGCAUUUCUAAAAGUCGUGAGCCUAAUCAGCUUUAUGGUAAACCACGCUGGGGCCUGAGCCUGUUCCAGUUGGAUUCUUCAGCAAACCAGUUCUUGACCUCAGAGAGUGCAAGAUUUGGCCCUUGGAAUGAACAUGGAGCUGUCUGGUACACCUACAGCUUUUUAUUUAGCGCUGAUGUUUCACAUAUUGCUUUACCUAACACGGGAGUGCCUUCGGUUCAAUUUCUGCCAAAGCAUUGAAAACUUUAGGAAAUGCUUCAUUUUUUUAUUGGAGGGAGGGAGGGAAGAGGGGAUAGGGUGCACAAAAACCAAUUUACUAAGCUAUUAACUACUAUCAUUUGCAUUUAAAGCAGACACUGGUAUGGAUAUAGUUUUAUGUUUUUCUAUGUACAUAACUCAGAGUGUACUAUUACAGAUUUUUUUUCCAGUAUUGAAACCAAGAACGAUUGUAACCCAGAUAUAUUUUAGAUUUUUAUGAGGAGAAUCACUCUAAAGAAAUCCAUCUUGAUUUACCAUAUGAACCGUAUAUCCUGAAAGAUGUCUGUUCACUUAAGAGUUAUUAGUCCCUAAUCCAAAUACCUUGCUGAUCCAAGACAUUUAUACUGUUGUUAUAUGCUUACAGAUAUAACUGACACUUUUUACAAAAUUCUGCAUGUACUUGAAAGAAUACAAUAAAAAUACAUUUAAUGAUA